AUGCUGGAGGCUCGCUUGACGACCUUAUUUGGUUGCAUAGCUACUCUCGCGACCGCACUCGCACCUGGCCUUGAAGUCGCUUAUUCUCUUGAACGAGCUACCCAGGGUAUUGCUAUCUCCCCUGAUGGACGCAAAUUCCUUUCGCAGCGAUACUCAACACAAUUUCCCCCGCAAGCAGUGGAGCUCCUUUCCGACAACACGACCGCUUUAACUACAUUUGUGAACAUUGAUGGUGCCCGUAUCGGACCUGAUGGAUGCUACUGGCUUGUGGACGGUGGUUCUACCGGAUUAAACGGAUCGACAAAGUUUGUCGGUAUGAACUCAAGUACCAAUACCGUGGACUCAAUUUACUACCUUGAUGACAUCAAAGCAAGUGACAGUGGCAUCGACGACGUGCGCUUUGGUGCCUCUGGUGACAUGGCCUAUCUGAGCGAUACUGCCAACGCUCUCCUCGUUCUCAAUUUGACUACCGGCAAUGGCGUGCGAGUUCUUUUUUUAUGA